UUUUUGCGAUAAUAAAUAAACAAACAAAGCAUUAUGAUCCCAUUAAUUGUUGGUGCAGUGGUUAUUGGGACUGCACUUGAUAAGAAUGAUCGUGUCAGAUCUUUCACAAUAACAAUUGAGAGAGAAUUAGAAGUUAACCAACCAAAACUAAACCCCAAAUCUAAAUUAGCUCAAUUGGUGAACUAGGUAUAAACAUAGAAAAAAAAACUUUAAACGCAAACCAUUAUCGACUGAACACGUCAUCAAACCCCUUCUAAAACCCACUGACUAAUCACUGGACUGACUAGUUACUCCACCAAAAAUACCCAAAUCAAAUGACAAUCUCCAGCACCAUCUACCGCCGCAUCACCAAUGUUCGCACCUUCUUCUCCUUCAAAUCCUCCAUCACUUCAAAACCCACCACCACCCCAACCACCACCAAGAAACCUCCUCUUCUCUACAAACCCAACAACCCCUCAAACGACGCCGUUUCCCUGCAACUCCUCUCAUGGGGUCGAGGUUCAUCAGGUCAACUCGGCAGUGGAACCGAGCAAACUCGCAUUUACCCAACCCCAGUUGCUUCCCUCCUCGUCCCUCCUUCGUUCCGUCUCUCUCCAUCUCCUGGGUCUCGCUCUCCUCCAUUGUCGGAAAAAUCGGGGUUUGAGGUCGGAAUUUCAUGUGGGUUGUUUCAUUCUGCGGUUUUGAUUGAUGGGCAGUUCUGGGUUUGGGGUAAAGGUGAUGGUGGUAGAUUAGGGUUAGGUCAUGAAGAUUCUGUGUUUGUUCCUACUUUGAAUCCUCAUUUGACUGGUGUUAAGGGUUUGGCUCUUGGUGGCCUUCACUCUGUUGCUCUCACUUCUCUUGGACAAAUCUUUACUUGGGGCUAUGGUGGUUUUGGUGCUCUUGGUCAUUCCGUCUUCACAAGGGAAUUGAUUCCUAGGCUAGUUGAAGGUCCUUGGACAGAAAAAAUUAAACAUAUAUCGACUAGUGGAACACAUACUGCUGCUGUCUCUGUAUCAGGUGAGAUAUACACUUGGGGACGAGAAGAAGGAGACGGUAGAUUAGGUCGUGGUCCUGGACGUGGCCCUGACCAAACUGGUGGGCUUAGUGUCCCAGGCAAAGUAAAAGGAAUGCCGGUUCCUGCUGCUGCUGUGGCGUGUGGGGGUUUUUUCACAAUGGCACUGACAGAAGAAGGGAAACUUUGGUGCUGGGGAGCCAAUUCCAACUAUGAGCUUGGAACGGGGGAUAAAGUGGGUGGUUGGCAACCAAGACUUAAUUCUUACCUUGAAGACAUGCGUAUUGUCCAAAUAGCUUGUGGUGGAUAUCAUUCUCUUGCUCUGACUGAGGGCGGUAAGGUGCUUUCAUGGGGACACGGUGGACACGGUCAGUUGGGUCAUACUUCUAUCCAAAAUCAGAAGGUGCCUACAAUGAUUGAGGCUCUGGCUGACGAGUGUGUUACCUCAAUUGCCUGUGGAGGCUCGGCUUCAGCAGCUGUAACAGCGACAGGGAAGCUGUUCAUGUGGGGAAACGCAAAGGAUUCUCAAUUAGGGGUUCCUGGGUUACCUGAGAUAAAUCCUUCUCCUGUUGAAGUGAACUUUCUGAUGGAAGAUGAUGGCUUGGGGCCUCACAAUGUUCUUUCUGUUGCCGUCGGAGCAUCGCAUGCCUUGUGUUUAGUUUCGAGAUCAAGCUGCAAAGAAUGAAAUACGAACUCUGGUAGAUGUUUUUUGUUCAUGAUGAAUAGUAAAAUAAGUAACAAAAUACCUCUGUCCAGGUAAUCCCUGUAGGGUCCUUGACAUAAAAAGAGGAAUUGUUAUUGCUUAGGAUAAGUGAAUCAUCAAAGUUUAGUUGUUUUAGAUUCAAGGUUGAACAUGCAAUUUUGCGCCCUACUCCCCCUCCCCCUCCCCCUCUCUAUUCUCCUUUUGUACGUAAUCCGAUUUUGGCGUUUUCCCCACAAUUGGGUGAAAGGACGAGCAACCAAGCCACAAAGUAUCAAGGGCGUUUGCUGCUGUACGUGCACUUUUUAUCUGUGUAAUAACAUACAACCCUGUAAAUCUCUAGAAAUACUCCCACAAUCCGGGUUUUGCUGGUCUGUGAUACACUUUUUUUUUUACUCAACUAUAUGAAGUAAUGCAUACUGUUCUUUUUUUCUUUGAA